GCCGCACCCCGCUCCUCGCGCCCGCAUACCCGCGCCGCAUCGUCUUUGCCCUUCGCCAACUCACCACCGCCAGCACCCCCUUUACCUUCUUCACAAUGGUCGCCAAGUUCUGUGUCGGCAUCUCCGAGCUGCUGGCGUUCUCCGCCAUGGUCCUGGCCAUCCUGGUCAACAUGGGCCAGAUCUCGCAGAACAUCGUCGCCCGCAACAUCUACUACGCCGAGCUCGACCUCUCGGGCGUCUCGUCCGGCGGCGCGCUGCCCGCCAACGUCUUUGCGCAGAACCAGGCCGCGCCGGAGCUGCAGGGCCAGGGUCUGAAGGAGACGUACCAGUGGGGCCUGUACAACUUCUGCGGCGGCGCCGGCAACACGCGCUCGUGCGGCCCGCGCGGCUUCGGCGACGGCCGCUUCGAGCCGCUGCAGGUGCUGUACGCCGACAUCAACCAGCAGUACCAGACGCAGCUCAACCAGACCGUCUCGGAGGGCACGUUUGCCGACAGCGACUACCUCGGCCGCUUCUCGCACGCCGCCUUCUGGCUCAUCUUCAUCGGCACGGUGCUCGCCGGCCUCACGUUCCUGCUCGGCUUCCUGGCGCACCGCUUUGCCUUCCUCGUCGCCGCCCUCGUCGCGCUGCUCGGCGCCGCGGCCCUGGGCGCCGGCGCUGCCAUCUUCACGGCCAUCCUCGUCAAGGCGCGCGACUCGAUCGCCGACGUCGCCGGCGCCCAGCUGCACCUCACCAACGCGCUCUGGAUGAUGUGGGCCGCCUUCGGCGCGCUCACGCUCUCCAUCGUGCCGUUCAUCAUCUCGUGCUGCACGGGCCGCUCGGAGAAGUACUAAGCGCCGCCACGCCGUCUCGCAAGUCCAGCCGUGAUGCCGACGGGCGCCUGCGCGUCUCCGCCUCCUUGCUCCUUUGGAUCUCCUUUCUUUCGCCUUCUCUCCGCUCGCUGGGCCUGCUCUCUGGACCAGCCCUCUUUCGCCCCCUUCUUACCUCUAUCCCUGUGCCGGGCUGCACCCUGCGUGCGGCCCAGCGAGGGCCUCGACGAUGCGCAUAUAUCGAUACCCGCCCCGUCUCUCCCGUGCGCCGCGCACGCUCCUUUGCGCUGCCGGUCGCUUCUUUCUCUCACGCAACGCUCAACCCAUACACUCUCCCACCCGACUCACGCCGUGUCGCUUGGCGCGCCCGCUGGCUUGUUGUACAGAACUGAAAUGAUCAAGCGUAAUGCUCA